AUGGCCAGUUGGACGCCGAUCACCGAUUAUCAAAUCAACACAAAACUCUAUUACGCGUCGGGUCUCGCCGAGAACGAUUGGCUGCGCCUCAAGGGCUACACACCGCCCGACUGCGUCACAUUUCCGAUUUACAUGCACAACAAAGCCGACAACAUUUUUCUCUAUAUGAAUCAUCAGGUGAACAGGAAUUUCACGUCGUUCAACUAUCACAUCACCAAAUGGGUCGAGUGCCAUCGAAUGGGUCUCAUUCUCAAAUUGGGAGCCAAUUUCGAUUACAAGUUCAAACGCCAUAAAAAAUUCAUCGAGUUCUUCACCGACGACGUCUCGACGUACAACUUCACAAUUGUGACCGAUUCGAAAUUGAACUAUUUGCGAAUUCCGACGAAUUCGUGCAUCAACGUGACAAGCAUCUACAUGCACUGCGAUUGCCGUUCGAUCAACGCCGACGUCUCCGUCAUCAAAGGCUGUCUCAACAUUUAA